AUGGGGCUGAUUGCUCCCAGAACCAGGUCCAACUUGGGCAACCAUUGCUGCACCCAUACCAGGGAGGUGCCCUACAGCUGCAGGCACUGCGGGAAGACCUUUGUCCUCAUGUCUGACCUCCUCAAGCACCAGAGGACCCACACCGGGGAAAAGCCAUUCUCCUGUGGGCAAUGUGGGAAGUGCUUCAAGUACAAGACCUACUUGGUGACCCACCAACAGACUCACACCAGGGAGAACCCCUUCACCUGCAGCCAGUGUGCGAAUCGCUUUGUAUACAAGAGCCAGUUGGUGAUCCACCAACGAACCCACACCGGUGAGUGGCCCUACCAGUGGGAGGAGUGUGGGAAGACCUUCAGGCUGAGCUCCAACUUCAUCCUGCACCAGCAGACCCACAUGGGUUAUCGACCCUUCACCUGCAGCCAAUGCAAUAAGAGCUUCAGCCACAGCUCCACCUUGGCCCAGCACCUCCGGACCCACACCAGGGAGAAGCCCUACGUCUGCCUGGUCUGUGCCCGUGCCUUCAAAACCAGCUCCUCCUUGACCAGGCAUCGCCAGACCCACACCAAGGAGAAGCCCUACACCUGUCCUGAGUGCAUGAAGGCCUUUAGACAUAUCUCUGACCUGGUUACCCAUCUCCAGACCUACAUUGGCAAGAAGCCCUGCGCCUGCCCAGUUUGCACCCGUGCCUUCAGGAUCACCUCCAACUUGGCCAAGCAUCACCAAACCCACACGGGCAAGAAGCCCUAUGCCUGCCUGGAGUGUGGGAAGACCUUUGAAUGGAGCUACAGCCUGCUCCUACAUUUCUGGACCCACAACCAGCAAGAAGCCUACAGCUCUGACAUGCUCAAGCAACAGAGGAGCCACACCGGGGAGAAGCCAUUCUCAUGGGGGCAAAGUAGGAAGACCAUCAAAGUCAGCUCCAACCUGCGUAUGCACAAGCCCUACACUGUGGAGAAGCUCUGCGGCUGUGGCCAACGUGGGAAGCACUUCCAGCUCAAGGCCUACUUGGUGUCCAACCAGUGGACCCACACUGGUGAGAAGUCCUACUCCUGUCCUGAGUGUGGGAAGGCCUUUGGACAGAAUUACAGUCUGAUCGCACAUCUCUGGAUCCACAUCGGGGAGAAGCCCUAUGUCUGCCCGGUCUGCGCCCACACCUUCAGAAUGAGCUCCAAUUUGACCUGGCAUCGCCACACCCAUGUUGGCAAGAUGCUCUACUAUAACUGCCCCGAGUGCAGGAAGACUGCAGAUGGACCCCUGACCAGGAAAAUCUUCAGCCUCAGCUCCAACCUGGUUAAGCGCCAAAGGACUGACCCAGUGGAGAGGCCAUUCUCCUGUGGGCAAUGUGGGAAGCACUUCAAGGGGAAGGUUGACUUGGCAUCCCACCAAUGGACCCACACCAGGAGGAAUCCCUACCUCUGUCCUGACUGUGGGAAGACCUUCGGGACGAACUCCAACCUCAUCCAGCACCUUCAGAUCCACGUGGGUGAGCAACCCUUCACAUGUGGCCACUGCAGGAAGAGCUUCAGCCGCAGCUACGCCUUGGACAGGCACCUCUGGACCCACACCAGGGAGAAGCCCUAUGGCUGUGGGCAUUGUGGGAAGCACUUCAAGAAGAAGGUGGACUUGACAUCUCACCAUCAGACCCACACCGGCAAGAAGCCCUGUGGCUGUGGGAGGACCAGAGAUUCUCCUGCAGCCCGUGGAGAAGAGCAUG